UCUGGUCAGGCAUGUAGUGUAGCGUUAAUCUCUUUUCAAGUUCCGGUGGAAGCCACGCAUUUUCGCCUCCUUCUCUGCGUUGUACAGUUAAUAUGGAUCUUGUCUUGAGCGGGACAUAAGUGAGAUGCUUGGAGGAGUGGUGAUUUUCCAGCUCAGUUUCAUUGCCAGCGCUCUGGCUAGUAUAGGUCUUCGAUUCUCAGAAGAACCGGCCUACGCUAUUUUCAAAAGAUGGAACGCGAGAAGAACAGGGAACUUGACUUUUCAUUUCAAAACGGAAAGCAAAAACGGUUUUCUCAUUUAUCAAGACGACAAAGGACAAUGCCAAUAUAUUUACCUUUCUAUGGCAGACGGGCAACUUAGAUUGCGCCUUAAAAUGGGAAACUGCGAGGAAACACAAACUCUACAUAUCGGAAACAAACUCAAUGAUGGACGAUGGCAUAAAGUGACUGUCCAGCGAGACUCAGCAAUAACAAGUCUUACAGUUGACAAUUUAAGUAAUAGCACGAUUUAUAAUGGAGAAGUAAAGAAUCUUAUUGUUAAAAGUGACUUGAUCGUUGGUGGAAUCCCGUGGUCUACUCCGUUGAAUGAUCUCUCUUUUCCUCCUAUAUUCUACGAAAGCAAUCAUUACGGAUUCAAUGGCUGCAUUAGCAGCAUAACCUAUAGUGUCAACGGAAGGCCUACGAGAGAGGCGUAUCUGAACCACACCAAAGGAACAAAACUAGGAUGUUCAGACCCUUGCUCCAAGACUGGAAAAUGUAAAAACGGUGCAGUAUGUCUUUAUACUUCCACUGGGGCACGUUGCGACUGCAAAGGGACAAGAUUUGAAGGAACUAACUGCAGCGAAGAAACUUCAUCUAUCCGGCUUAAUGGAAGUGGUUACGUUGAAUUUAGUGCGAGACAAGAAGCAGGAGAUGUUGAUCCGAAUGAAGACGAUUUCGGGUUUCAUUUGAAGACCUCCUAUGACCAUGGUGUAAUCUUCACUCUUCUUUCGCAUCCUAACUACCUCUUGAUCGAAAUGGUGGAUGGAAAGCUAAAAGUGAAGUUAUACCUUGGACAAGAAGGUCCCGUGGUUCUCGUGGAUGAGCGUAAAGUAAAUGAUGGCAGGUGGCACUGGGUCGAGUUCUAUCGGCGGCUCGAUGUUUUCACGCUUAAGAUAGACCAUAAUAAAAUCAGUGCUAAAGAGAAGGUGUCGUCCAUGCCUUUUAAACCUAAAAUUGUCUACGUCGCUGGAGGUCCCAGAAAUGUCCUCAAAAAGUCUGAAUCAAAACAGAACUAUACUGGAUACCUACAAGAGUUUUACUUUGGUAAAAAGAAGAUAUUUGACAGUAUUGUACCCACAAUAACAGACAGAAGAUUUGCUAAAAUUGGAACUGUGAUCGAUGGAUCCAUAACAUCCGAAGAGAGUAGUGGGUCGGGGUGUUUACUAAUCGGUGAUGACGAAGAUGAAGAAUGCCCAACAACUGAUAAUUCCAAAGGGAAUGUGUCCAAAGCUGAACUGACCUCGACAACGAUGCAGCCAACCACUGAGCUAGUUCCCGAGUCUGUGCCGACAGGCGUCGCAGUGCAGAAGUCCCUUCCACAAGUAGUGCCAUUCUGGGUGAUCUCGGCGAUAGUGGUUGUAGCAGCCAUUGCUAUUUCAGUGACAUUAUUUUUCUUGUAUCGCUGGAACUCUCGUUACAGUGGAUCAUUUAAGCCCGAGUCUUCUUCGUCAAGUUGUAUGAACUCACCAAAACAUGGCGCUUUCGUCAUCAAUCCGCGUAUUCAGGUCACAGUGCACGAUGACAGGAUGUAAGAGAGUUCUUAAGCUUUUUCCCUGAGGAAAAAGUCUUACGCUCUGAGUGGCAAUCACAGAGCAAGGCAUAAGAUUAGCACAAAUGACAUGGAAGAAAGAUUGUUUGAUUUUACAGUCGACGUUGAAUUGAAAAAGCUCUUUAAUCGCGAGGAAUACGUGUGAGAGAUAAAGCGGAGAUGGCGAUCCUUUAGCCCGUGGAGAGUAAAUUAACUAAGCGAGUUGCUGUGCAGCUUUACGGUACUUUUUAUUAGAAUACGGCAAAAUAAACUAACCAAGUAAGUGGACUAGACUAAGCUACGUGGUAUGUGGAUCAACGCCAUUGAGGUUUGCUAUGACAA